AAUUAAAUAAAGAAAGAGGGAAGGAAAGGAAGAAAAUCGGGCGGAGAAUUCAAUCUGAAAGCAUCAUAGAUUUCAUCGCCACUCUCCCUCUUUACUAUCUCACCUCCUUCAUUUCUCUAAACUAUCGCUCAACUGCUCUGCCUAAUUUUCCUUUCAAGCUUAUUAUUAUUAUCAUCACUAGCGGUUGAUUGAUUAUUGAUAUAUAAUAAUGGAUUCCGCCGUCACAUUUUGCACUAGCAAACCAAUUACUUCUCCUACUCCAGGUUUAUUCCUCGGGAGGUCUAGUGGAAUUAAGAGCUCCCAAUGUACCUUCUUGGGGGGAAAUAAGAUGAGCUUUCCUAAACAAAGAGUUGAGGCUUCUCAGAAAGUUCGUAGAUCAGCAAAGCAACCUGGAGCACUUGGUGUUACUUGCCGAGCUGAAAAAAUUCUGAUAGCAAACAGAGGGGAGAUUGCAGUGCGAGUGAUUCGAACUGCUCAUGAGCUUGGGAUCCCCUGUGUUGCAGUGUACUCCACCAUAGAUAAGGAUGCACUUCAUGUGAAACUGGCUGAUGAAUCAGUUUGCAUAGGGGAAGCUCCUAGUAGUCAAUCGUACUUGCUGAUACCCAAUGUGCUGUCUGCUGCUAUCAGUCGUGGAUGUACUAUGCUGCAUCCUGGUUAUGGUUUUCUUGCUGAGAAUGCUGUUUUUGUAGAGAUGUGCAGAGAGCAUGGAAUUAACUUUAUUGGGCCAAAUCCUGACAGCAUUCGUGUUAUGGGGGACAAAGCAACUGCCCGAGAGACCAUGAAGAAUGCUGGCGUUCCAACCGUACCCGGAAGUGAUGGCCUUUUAUCGAGCACGGAAGAAGGCAUCAGGCUUGCAGACGAGAUUGGUUUUCCUGUGAUGAUUAAGGCUACAGCAGGUGGUGGAGGUCGUGGAAUGCGUCUUGCAAAAGAGCGUGAUGAGUUUGUGAAGCUGUUGCAGCAAGCUCAGAGUGAGGCUGCGGCUGCAUUUGGAAAUGAUGGUGUAUAUUUGGAGAAGUGCAUUAUCAAUCCAAGGCACAUUGAGUUUCAGGUUCUUGCAGACAAAUAUGGAAAUGUCGUUCACUUUGGGGAGCGUGACUGCAGUAUUCAGAGAAGGAACCAAAAAUUGCUUGAAGAAGCACCUUCACCUGCAUUGACCCCAGAGCUGCGGAAAGCCAUGGGUGAUGCAGCCGUUGCUGCAGCAGCAUCAAUUGGUUACAUUGGUGUUGGCACUGUAGAGUUUCUUUUGGAUGAAAGAGGUGAUUUCUAUUUCAUGGAAAUGAACACCAGAAUCCAGGUAGAGCAUCCAGUGACUGAAAUGAUAUCUUCGGUAGACUUGAUAGAGGAGCAAAUCCGGGUAGCUAUGGGUGAGAAACUUCGUUACACACAGGAUGAAAUUGUGCUUAGAGGACACUCAAUUGAAUGCCGUAUCAAUGCGGAAGAUGCUUUUAAAAAUUUCAGACCUGGACCAGGGAGAAUCACAUCUUACUUGCCAUCCGGAGGUCCAUUCGUGAGAAUGGAUAGUCACGUUUAUACUGAUUACGUUGUUCCACCAAGCUAUGAUUCUCUACUUGGAAAGCUUAUUGUAUGGGCCCCGACCAGAGAAAAGGCAAUCGAGCGCAUGAAAAGGGCUCUUGAUGAUACUAUUAUUACAGGGGUUCCAACUACUAUUGAAUACCAUAAGCUAAUCCUUGACAUUGAAGACUUCAAAAAUGGGAAAGUUGAUACUGCUUUCAUUCCAAAGCACGAGGAGGAAUUGGCCGAGCCACAAAGUCUGAUUGCAGCAAAUGCUGCUAAAGAUGCUGUGAAGGCCGUAGCGUAAAAAGUUGGGUUUUUUUGGUGAUUUGACAAUAUUUUUAUGUAUGCAAAAAAUGUUAUAUUUUGUCUCUUAGUCUUUGAUCGCCCAAAUGUCUAAAGAUAACUUUCAAGCUGUGGCAUCCAUUUGAUUUUUUGAGACUGAAUGAGAGUUUCAUUGACGAGUAA